AUUUAAAAGACAUCCGUCGUGUGAGACCUCAAGGAAAUAAAUGCUGUAGAGUGUGGCGUGGCACUGCGUGCUGUGGGUGGGCAGAGCAUCAGAGAUGCAGUCCGUAAUGGUGAAAAGUAGGCAGAGAGAAAUUUCUGUUUAUCUUGACAAUUUGUAGUUAGUAUUAGAAGCUCAGAAACUUAGGGGAAUUUUUCUUAUCUUUUUUCUUUCUGGAAUCUUAAAGCUGGACUUUAAGAUUCUGGACUUCUCUGGAAUGCCCCUGUGGAUGGUGCAGCCAGAGUGGGAAAGAGAGAGCGUUGUGUUAUGACAGAGACCUGGACUCUAGAAUCCAUGGUCUUCUGACCUAAUGUUGUAAUCUUUGAGAAGCUGCUUCUCUCCCUCAGCAUCAGUUUUCUCAGUUGUAAAACAGAGAGAUUGGACUCAAAACUCUGUUCCUGUACCUUGCUAGCUUCUGAUUAUGGCCCUACUGUCAAAGCAUCUUGUUUCAGUUCAUGGUGGAGUAGUUUGUAAAACUGUGGAGCUAAAAUCUGUUCUGCUGGCUUCCAUUGUUGCUUCUAGAACAGCUUCUGUGUUAUCCAUAGUUUUUCUGCGUGUGAAGUUAAGUGACUUGUUUUCCAGUGCCACCUGCCAUUGCAUUGUUGUUUUGCAUGUUCACUAGUUUGCUAGGGACUGUUGGAGUGCCGGCUCUCCUGCCCAGAGCUAGAGACUUUGUAUGUGGAGUGUGGGAUGCUCUGCCCAGUACAGAAUAUGGGACAUGGCUCUCUGUAGUGCUGUACUUAUGCAAUUGGUGUGUGAAUUCUAAAUGUUUGUUAAGGUUCAUUUUGUUAGUUUUGGUCCAUUGUACUGGCUUCUCAAGGCCUUACUGAAUUUCAGUGUGUUCAUUGGAUCAUGAUGCACUCGAGAGAGUCUGGAGAAACAGAAGUCUGUUUUGUCUUGGUCAGCUGCUGGUCAUAAUCUUGGGCAAGCCAUUUAAUGUAGAUUUGAGUUUCCUCGUCUCCUAAGUUGGAAUUUUAAAGUCGAUGCUCCCUGAAAUGGGUGCUCAGGUUACUUCUGGUUUUAAAGUCCUUGAGUCUAAUAUUGGGUCUUCAACCUUCUUAAGAGAAUGUUGGAUUGAGCAGAUGUUUUCUGAGCACACAGUGUUUAAAGGGUGUACGAGGGUUUCGGAGGUAAGUGGAUAGUCCUAUGUGCUGAAAACCAUGACCUGGUGUGGAAUCAGGCUGACUUGUACCAUGGAAGUAUGCAUAUAGCUGGAUGUAAGGAUGGUUGGGGAACGGGAAAUUGGCCAUUGUCUAAAAAGGUAACCAGUUUGAGGGAUGAAAGGAUUUGCCUGAUGGGUAGGUAGCAAGGCAGAAUGUAAAGGGCAGGAAAUGUCUGUGGAAAGACCCAGAAGCUUCAGAAGAGUCAAGGAGUUAUAUGUGGUCAGUACUUUUGAAAAAGCAGUCUGGUCGGGAGCUUUCGGUGCUGUGUUGAGAUUUUGUACUGCAGGUGUUUGGCAGAUAGGGAUUGUAAGCAGGCAAGUUACAUUGGGCUUGUAGGGUUUGGAGUUGUCCAUGGUAGCAAGCAGAGUGAUGAAUGGGGGAGCAUGGUCAGGUGUCAAAAUUAAGAGUGUUGAGCCAAGGGGAGACAGGAAGGAGUAAGUGGAAGUGCUGGAGUUUAUCAGGAUAUAUAGGCAGUGGUUUUCUGUUCAUGGUGAGUGUACUCUAUUCUGUUCUUGUCAGCAAAUUCAGCAGAUGAGGAAACUUUCUAAUUGAAAUGCUCACAGGGAGAGAAUAGGCCAGAGCAGUCACUGGGUAUGUCAUCCCUUCCUCCUCUCCGUCAGAACACCCCCAUCUUUCCUCCUGCCAGUCCUCUUUCUUUUUUCCUGUGGGUCCUGUUGAUUGUAUUGUUUCUUCCACGGCUGCAUGUCAACAACAUUGAUGAUCAGCAGAACAUCAGUUCCUUACGCGCUGCACCAGGAGGUGUGUGAGUGCCUGACAGAGAAGUAAGAGUACGGGUCACUGUACCCAAGACUGUGUAAGCUAAAGUCAGGUAGUGAAUUUGAGAGGGGUCUGGUUAUAAUUAUAUGGGUAUAAUUACAUAGUUGAUGGUAGUGCACAGUGAGAAAAGAACAGUGGGUACCUACUGCAGGCUUUGGUGCUUUGUCUAGGCUUACUGGGUGGGAUCCCUCACUGUUGAAGGAGUCCCCAUGGCAAGAGGGACAUAGAACCAAGAGUGGUCCAAAUGAUCACGGAGUUGUAAUUUUGAUUACCUUUCCUUUGUUUUGUCGUCCCCCCCACCCCCAGAUUCAGCUUCUCAUCUUUGCCCCACUGAGGCUGUUUUCUGUGUGUUAGAAAGCCAUGUAGACCACCUCUCCUUUGAAGGCCACUUAGGUGUCCCUGGAGAUAGCUGGAGAAUAUUUUAUAAUUAAAAAUUUUUGAAAAGUGCUGGAGUUAUCCAGGAAAAAUUCCACACCUGUCUCACUACUGCAUGAAGUGUUGAAAGUUUUUAAAGAACGCAGUUGUAUGUGUUGGUGAUAGAAAGAAGAUGGAAGUUUUCCAGGAACUUCGGAAACCAUCUGUACGUUUGGAGUGUGACCACUGCAGUUUCAGAGGCACCGAUUAUGAAAAUGUGCAGAUCCACAUGGGCACCAUCCACCCAGAAUUCUGUGAUGAAAUGGAUGCUGGGGGUUUAGGUAAGAUGAUAUUUUACCAGAAAAGCGCAAAGCUCUUUCACUGCCAUAAAUGCUUCUUCACGAGCAAAAUGUACUCCAAUGUGUACUAUCACAUCACAUCCAAACAUGCAGCCCCAGAAAAAUGGAAUGAUAAACUGAAAAGUCAGUUGAACAAAGAAACAGAUCCUUUGAGAAUGCCCCCUCUUCCUGAACACCAGAAAACACCCUCUAAUUCAGCAGAACUCCUGAAACCUGGGACUUCCCUCUCCAUAGAAACACAGAAACUAGGUCCAGUUCUGUCUCCAGAGUCCCCUGAACCUGAUCCUCUUGCUCCAUUGGAGCUUCAGAAACCCGGCCCUGCAGUUCCUCCUGAGCAGGCAACAACUCCUCCUCUGGAGCCUUCGAAACCUGUUCCUGUUUCUUCUGAGCUUCCAAAAUCAGCACCUGUUGUGUCUGAGUUGCAGAAGCCUGUCCCUGUCCCCUCUCCAGAGCCACAGAAACCUGUCCCUAUGUCUCCUGAGCCAGUAAAGGCUGCUCUUGCUAACCCUAAGCCUCAGAAGCACUCUCACUUUGCAGACACAGGGGGACCACCUUCAGCCUCAUCUCCUGAGUCACCGGUUCUGGCUGCUUCCCCUGAGUCUUGGGGGCUGUCCCCAACUGCAUCUCCAGAAUCUCGGAAGCCCACCCGCACUGCCUCUCCAGAGCCAAAGAAGCCAUCCCCGUCAGAGUCUCCUGAACCUUGGAAGCCAUUUCCUGCUGUCUCCCCAGAGCCCCGGAGACCAGCCCCAGCUGUGUCGCCAGGUUCCUGGAAGCCAGGGCCACCUGGAUCCCCGAGGCCUUGGAAAUCCAGUCCUUCAGCAUCUUCAGGACCUUGGAAGCCAACUAAACCUGCUCCAUCUGUGUCUCCUGGACCCUGGAAACCAAUUCCUUCUAUAUCACCUGGACCUUGGAAACCAGCUCCAUCUGUGUCCCCUGCAUCCUGGAAGUCGUCUUCAGUCUCAUCUGGCUCCUGGAAAACUCCCCCUACAUCUCCAGAGUCGUGGAAGUCUGGACCACCAGAGCUCCGAAAGUCAUCCCCUGCCUUGUCACCUGAGCACUGGAAAGCAGUUCCCCCAGUGUCUCCUGAACUUCGCAGACCAGGCCCGCCACUCUCCCCAGAGAUUCGUAGCCCAGCAGGCUCUCCAGAGCUCAGGAAACCCUCAGGGUCACCAGACCUUUGGAAGCUUUCUUCUGACCAGCGGAAAACUUCUCCUGCUUCAUUUGAUUUUUCUGAGUCUCAAAAAAGUUCCCGUGGUGGUUCUCCUGAUCUCUGGAAGUCUUCCUUUGUCAUGGAACCUCAGAAACCUGCUGUCUUCCCUGAAACCCGGAAGCCAGGUCCUUCUGGGUCAUCUGAGUCCCCAAGAAUGGCUUCGGAUAUCUGGAAGCCUGUCCUUUCUAUUGAUGCUGAGUCUCGAAAGUCUGCACUAUUUCCUGAGCCCUCCAGAGCAGCCCCUCCUGCUUCUCCUGAGCCACGGAAACGUGUUCUUUUCCCAGAGUCCCGGAAGCAUGCCUUGUUCCCUGAACUGCCCAAGUCUGCUUUGUUCUCAGAGGCUCAGAAAGCAGCAGGGCUUGGUGAUGAGCUACAGAUAGAUGCUGCAGAGGACCAAAAAUGUGAUCUUUUGGUUCAGGAAGAGCUUCUGGCCACUCCCAAGAAACUCUUGGAAGAUGCCCUAUUUCCUUCCUCCAAGAAGCUCAAGAAGGAUAGCCAGGAGAGCUCAGAUGCUGAGCUGAGCAGCAGUGAGUACCUCAGAACAGACCUGGAUGCCAUAGACAUGAAGGGCCAGGAGUCUAGCAGUGAUCAAGAGCAGGUGGAUGUGGAAUCUAUUGAUUUUGGCAAAGAGAACAAAAUGGACAUGACAAGUCCAGAGCAAUCCCGAAAUGUGCUACAGUUCACUGAAGAAAAAGAAGCAUUUAUCUCAGAAGAGGAGAUUGCAAAAUACAUGAAGCGUGGGAAGGGGAAAUAUUAUUGCAAGAUCUGUUGCUGUCGUGCUAUGAAGAAAGGUGCUGUUUUGCAUCAUUUGGUUAAUAAGCACAAUGUCCACAGUCCUUAUAAGUGCACAAUUUGUGGAAAGGCCUUUCUUCUGGAAUCUCUCCUUAAGAAUCAUGUAGCAGCUCAUGGGCAAAGUUUACUUAAAUGUCCACGUUGUAAUUUUGAAUCCAAUUUCCCGAGAGGCUUUAAGAAACACCUAACUCAUUGUCAAAGCAGGCAUAAUGAAGAGGCAAAUAAAAAGCUGAUGGAAGCUCUUGAGUCCUCCUUGGAGGAGCCACAGAUUUGAUUUUUGAGCACAGUGUGAACACUUGCUGUACAAUGCUGUCUGUGGAGACUGCAGCUUGUUACGUGGCCUGGUUGGGCCAGUAGAUGGUAAUGUGCAGCGUGUACCGUGUGUGAUUGUUUCACUAGUGUUGAAAGGAUAAGUACUUUUUUCUGCUGUUAUGUGGCUGUCUUGUAAAUCAACAAAUUUCUACUGUAUAUUUCAGAUAGUUAAAACUUCUCAUUUCUUUUAAAUAUAUUUAAAUAGUAACACAGAGAAGUAGGCAUUCUGUAUAGUAAAUGAGCAAGUUCUGAACCCCUGUUAAAAUAUGUCUGCGUGUGUGUAAAACCCAGUUUCAGACAAUAGAGGUUAUUAGGUACAGGGCUCGGGAGCAAUUCAGUGGUAGAGCACUUGCUUAGCAUGUGCCAGGCCCUGGGUUCAGUCCCCAGCACCACAUGAAAAAUUAUUAGGUGGAAUGUUCAAGAAUAGGCAUGAAAAGUAAACUUAAGAAAAAUUUUGUUUCCCUGAUGUAUUUUAAAAUCCUAAGAGUUAUUUUCUAUUUGAUCAUGUAAAAUUAUUUUAUAAAUCUUGAACAGUUUUUAGAUGAUCAUAAACUUUUAUGUCAUGGAAAGCUGAGUCUCAGGGUUGCUGAUUUUCUGCUGACAGGGAAAGUCAAGGAAGUCUUUGAAGUAAUCUGCAGCCUUCUGCAGGGGCUGUGAGGAAGGCCUGGGGGGCUCUUCUCGUCCUCAGUCAAGUACAUCUGAGUCUUCCAUCUGCUGUCCUGCCCUCACUUUCCUGUCGGCCCACACUAACAAAUUAAUGGAUGAUCUCAGAUGAGCUUUUUUCCCCCCUCUUCUCUUCUGGGGUGCUGGUGAUGAAACCCAGGACCUCUUGCUAGGCCAGAGCUCUUUCUGCCACUGAGCCACACCCCAGCCCACAGCAGAUCCUUAACUGCCAAAUGUGUUAGUGUUCUGUACCUCGUACUGCUGGGCUUCGCUCCCCCUGUUGGGUUUAAGACCAGAGUAGUGGGUAGGAGUUGAAAGUCUUCCAGAUUCAUAGUAAGAGCUUUUGUAAAUGUUAAAGAAAUAUAUCGGUUUGAUUUUCACAGUUAUGUUACUGUAAAUACCUUGUACCUGUUCAGGAUUAUUUUAUUCUAAGAUAUUUCGUCAAAUGUGUAUUAACCAAAUUAAAAAGACUUUCAUGUCA